UUAGUGGAGGGAUUGGACUGGUGAUCUUUUGUUGAUGGAAUUCUAAGAAUAGAGGAAUGAUUAUUAAGAACCAUGCGGGUAAGUAAACCCUUCUUCCUCAUCUUCACCUACCUCUUCUACAGUCGCCGACGACCACAUCCGAUCUGCUGACCAAACUCCCCAUCCUGCACCUGCACCUGCACCUGCCCACCCUCACCACACCACCUCCUCCCACCUAGGUACACUUCCUUCUUAACCCACAGCCCAGCCAGACCCAGUCUACACCCAGGCAGACCCUCCAGCUGCCCCUGCACAGUACGCUGAUCCUUCCUUAGCCCCAGAAUGCUUACACAGUAGGCCACCCAGGAGGGUUACCUCCGGUAAGACCUCCAGUGGUGGCUGGGCCAUAUGGGUAUCAGAACCAGAUGGUGGUUUAGAGGGAGAUUUUAAGUUUGGGAUAGUUCAGUUUG